GCGUGCGUGCGUGUUUUCAGGUAUGUUUGCGUCCUGCUGUAACUGGUUGUGUAUGGACUCCAGUGAUGACGUCGAGCAGCCUGCAGGAGCCGAGCGACGUCAUCAGUCCUACACCAACUCAGGCUUCAGCAGCCAGCCGUCUCCUCCUCCACCCGAGCACACCUGUAAGGCCUGCGGGGGACGCCUGGACACGCCUGCCAAGAAGCAUGUAUGUGUGGACUGUAAGAAGGACUACUGCAGCCGCUGCUCCGCCCAGCUGGCGCCACGCCCCCGCCUCUGUCACACCUGUCAGCGUUUCUACGGCAACCUGCUGGAGCGGGCGGAGCUCAUGAAGCUGAAAGUGAAGGAGCUGCGGGACUACCUGCACCUGCACGAGGUGUCCACCCACCUGUGCAGAGAGAAGGUCCCUCAGGCUUUUCUCAGACUACAAAUUUGUGAAAUGUGUCUUUAAUUCAAGUUCCUAAA